AUGGAAGGUGUUCAAGGGCCACGGGGGUCUGUUGUAAUCAUCGGAGCUGGUACUCAAGGCAGACGUCUUGCGCACAUGUGGUCAAGCCGAGGCGGCACUGUCCGUCUGGUAGAUCUCCAAGAGCAACAGCUCCAAGAUGGUCUAAAGUAUGUGGAACAACUUCGUGCAGAUGCUACAGACCACGAAGGAGAUUGGGGGGAGCUUGAGACUUUCCAGCCCUCUUCUUUGGAAUUUACACUGCAAGACGCAUGGCUCGUUGUCGAGUGUGUGCCGGAGAACUUGCAGCUAAAGCGAAAACUAAUUACUCAACUUGAUGAGCUUGCGCCUGAAGGAACAAUAAUUGCUUCAAACUCGAGUAGUUAUGGAAUCUUUGAGAUUAUCGAGGGCAUGAGCUUGAAAAACAACAAAAGAGUUAUGAGCGCGCACUGCUUCCUGGAGCAAUGUAAAGAACAUGGAUUCUCGCCUUUCCACGUCAAAAGAGACUCAAUAGGCUACAUAUAUAACAGAAUUUGGGCUGCCAUCAAGCGAGAGACUCUUCUCACAUUGUCUGAAGGUGUUGCCACACCCAAAGAAAUCGAUGCCAUUUUCAAAGACGAUUUGAAAACUCCCAAGGGCCCAUGUGAACAGAUGGAUAUUGUCGGCUUGGAUGUUGUGUUGGAUAUUGAGAACCACUACGCCGAAUCUCGGAGUAGUAUUCCUACAGAGCCACGGGAAUACCUUCGCGAGAUGAUUCAAGGUGGAAAUCUGGGCGUCAAGAAUGGCCGAGGAUUCUAUGGUUAUGAAGAAGAAAAUAACUGA